AUGAUUUUGUGCGAAUAUUUAGGUGUGAUUCAUAGGACACAAAUUCCAAUAACGAAGGUAAAAACGAAACCAAGGACGACGAUAGCGAACCAGCCAAAAAGGGUACAGUUUGUUACGACCGAGGUCAGGUGCCAGGAGAAGACCAGGGGCGGCCUGCGUUACGAGGUCAUCCUCGGCGAGCCGGAGGUCAAGACAGCUCCUCCCAAGAAGCAGCUCUCCCCCAAAAGCAGCAUGUCCGUCCAGGACAUCGAAGAGAAGCUCAAGGCGGCCGAGGAACGCCGCCAGCAAUUGGAAUCCAACAAAAUCGCAGCUCUAUCGGCAAAAAUGGUGAAGAUCGAAGAAGCGUCCCGCAAGAAGGAGGAACAGACUAGUCAAUUCAUAGCUGCUACACGCGAUGCUCUGGAACAGAAAAUGGAGCUCCACACGGAGAAAAGAGAAGCUUACAUCACUGACCUCAAAACCAAACUGAAGUCAAGACGUUUCUGUUUUCCGGAGGCGUCUGACUCUUUUGGGACCAAGGUGAUGACUAAG